AUGCAGUCUGUAGCGAUAUGGCAUCCGUCCAUGCUGGGGUUUAACGUCACAGCGCAAACGUACUCCUAUGACAACCGACCAGUUGUGCCGCUAUACAGCAUGCCCUUCUCCCAAUGGUGGAUGCACAACCAUUUAGACCACCCACCUCAUCCGGAGGAUGUCUUAGAAUUCGAAGCAGGUGGUUCGACUGACAUUGAGAUCUCUUGUGAUAAAGGCUACACAACCUUCUUCAGUUCCUCCGAAGGCGGUAGUAUCCAGGAUCCCAACUCUGACCUGUGCUGCCCUGGACAGCCGGUCACGGCUAUUCAUGCUAACAACAUCGACGACACCGCUGGUUGUGCCCUCGGUAUCGCUUACAAGUCCGACUUCAACGAUGUUCAGCCUGAGGACUUCGUUAUCUUCAGCGUCGUUCACACUUGCCCGUGGUUCCUCAAGAAUACUUUCCAAGUUCCCGACAAGAUGCCCGCAUGUCCUAACGACAAUUGCAUCUGUGGCUUCUUCUGGAUCCACAACCCAGAUUCUGGAGGAGAGCAGAUGUACAUGAACGGCUUCCAGUGCAGAAUUACCGGCGAUAUCGGCACUCAGCCCAUUGGAAAACCGGGCCUGGCACGUCAGUGCGGCGCUGAUGCCGCUAGUGGUCACCCCGCCAACCCCAGUAACUGUACGAUCGGACCUAAGAACCCUAUGUAUUGGGACCAGGCCGAAGGCAACAACAUGUUUGAGGGCAUCUAUGACGCGCCGACCUACAACGACAGGUACGGCUUCCCCGACGGCGCCCAGCCCAAUCUCUUCCAGGAUGCCACCGUCGGCGGUACACCGGCUACGGUUCAGAAUAACAUCCCUCCGUCUACCUCCGCUUCUUCCGCCCUUCUCCCGUCCUCCUCUGCUCCAGCUUCUGCGUCUGAGGGCUCUACUCCGUCUUCCUCUUUUGUUGCCCCAUCAUCCGAUUCUUCCGCUUCCGCGCCAAGUUCUUCAGUCGCUAAUCCCUCGACUACCUCAGUUACUCCCUCCCCGACUACCUCCGUCGCUGACUCUCUGACCGCCUCGGCUACUCCCUCCUCAACCGCCUCGGUUGCCCCCCCUCCGCCGCCUCCUUCAGAUUCCACCACCUCCCCGUCGACCAUCUCUUCUGUUACUGCGCCGUCCUCGUCUCCUCUUUCGUCUAGUGCAGAAACUGCGGUGACACCAAGUACCUCGGUCGUACCUAGCCCCAUCACUGCAGCCGCAGCCUCUGGGACCUCCGCACCCACCACCUCCGCCCCUGCCCCUGCCUCCACGAAACAGUGCAGAUCCCGCAACGGCAAGAAGAAGCGUUCCGCUGUGCAGCGCCAUCUCAAGAAGCGUCUCUCACACGAUGGCCACUAUGUCUCGCACUAA